GUCUGAUUUUAUAGAUAGAGAUCAAAUUUAAGGAGAAAAAAUGAUAAUAAUUUAGGGAGCUAAAAUCAAUCGGGCCCUUAUCCGAUUCCGACCCAACAUGUUGGAGGGGAAGGCCCGCCCAACGAUAUAUUGGCAGGAGUAGUAGGACUCUUUCGUUCCCCUCUGCCUCUCUCUCUUUUUUUUUUUUGCCCCCCUGCGAUGACGACGACGACGACGACGAGGAAGAGGAGGCGGCGCGGCGCUGGUUCGGCCUCGGCGGGGCUGCGCCUCCGCCGCCUCAUCGCCUUCCUCAGCCGGAACCGCCUCUACCGCACUGCCCACACCGUGGAGCGGAAGACGUGCGUCUUGUUCGACGCGGAGCACCUCCGGCGGAUGAUGCUCCGCGACCGCUGGUCCGCCGCCUCGGCCUACGCCCUCAGCUUCGUCGAUUACAGAGACUGCAGCCGCGGGGCCGACGAGCUCAACUACCGCCUCCUGGCCCUCCGCGUCCUCAAGGCCUUCGCAGCUGGCCAGGCCCGCUCCGUCGACUAUCUCUUCCGCCGCAUAUACGCUUGCCUCCGGUUCAGACCAGACCGCGACCGCCGCAUCGCCAUAGGGAGGCUCCUGCUCGCCCUGCGCUCCGACGACACCAAGUCCUCCAGGCUUUAUGGGCUCUUCAAGCCCAGGGCAAUGCAGGGAAUUAUGGACUUGGUUGCCAAGUGCCCAGAGCUCAAUGCCAAGAUACGGUUACCCCGCUAUAUGUCUCUUGUUCAUACUAAAUCAUGGCUAAGUGUCAAGAAUAAAUCUACCAGUCUUCCGGCACGAAUCCUCGCCCGUUCCUUUCUGCCAAAAAGGCCUCCUCAGAUUAAUGACAAGAAGGUUAGUCACAAGACGAAUUGUUCAGAUGCUCCAAGUACUGCAGCCUUUGAGGGUAUUCUGUCUAGUUCACCAACACCAGCUAAAAUGUUUCCAGUUCGAUCCACUAAUAACACAGCUACCCAGGGAACAACCCAAGGAGAGGAAACUGAAAUCACCAAGGCGCCAGCGGCUGCUGCCUCGAAUCUAGUUGCUGAGCUUCACGUCCCACGUCAGCGUCGGCCCAACCCACAAUACAUCGGCCCAGAGUGGAUUGUGUGAGUGCCAGGUGCCUCUGGCGGCAACAGCUAUGUAUAAGAGGUGGCAGCAGAUGGUGGCAAGUUGAACUUGAUGUAACAGAUUUUGUAAACUAUUAUCGCACUAGAUGACUAGUAGCACCAUUACAUACUCUA